AUGCUCCACAGCGGCACCGCGAAACGCUGGAACCCGCAGAAGGGGUUCGGCUUCAUCGUGCCGCGCGGGGGCGAGGGGUCCGACCUCUUUUGCCACACAAACGACAUCUUGGACGGCGUUCGGCUGCCGGACGGCGCCCCGGUGCGCUUUGUCCAGUGCUUCGACGAGCGCAAGCAAAAGUACUACGCGGCCGAGGUAACGGGCGGCGCUCCGGCGGCCGAGCCCGAGGCGGGGGAGGAGGAGAGCAGGGGCGACGGAAAGGCGGGCUCAGGGUGGCAGAAGCCGAAGCGGCAGCGCGCGCUGGAGUGA